AAGAAGAAGAAGAUGAUGAUUAUGUUAGCAUGGCAUGGGAAAUACACACCGAAAAUAAUAAGACAUAAGUGAUUCCUGUUGGAAUGUGCAUGGGAAGUGCAGUUUGUUUCUCACACCGAACGUUAUGGCAUACUAGCAUUCGUUGGUCGUUUGUAUAAAACUCAGUGCUGUUUAACGGCCCAGCAUCAGUAUACAAGCGACUCGCAGCCCGUUAACACGUUUGAUUAUUAAAGACAAGAAAGAACUUUGAGAAUAGCAAAACAAAAGAAAAAAGAAACCCAAAAAGGGAGAGAAACGAAAGAAAACAUUGAAGAUUUGUUUGGUUAUGUUUUUGUUAUUAUAACCAUUUGAAGGCAAAAUGUUCACAGAUACUAAGAAUGCAAUGAAUGCUUGCCAUUAUAAUGAUGUUACAAUGCAUACGAUGAUGAUGGUAGAGAAAAACGAAAAGUGCACAUUGAAGAAAAUCUUGAAACCGCUUGAACGUUUAAUUUCCCUGAAAACAAGAAAUAAAAAAGCUCCAGUAACAAGUUCAGUUCCAAAUAAUGUCAAUCUAAAUAAUGCUUUAGCAAAUGUAAAUAAAGAAAGUACUUAUGAUAAACCCGUAAAACAAGCUAAAGAAAUUAGCACAAAUCAUAAGCUACUUGCAGAUGAACAUUGGAUGGCAGUCGAUGGUGAUGAUCCCAGUAAGCAUAAAGAAAUAAUUUUGCGCCUGCAACCCGAAGUGUUCAUUAGAAGCGUUAACAUCGAAAAGCCAUCCUCGCUCAAUGCAUGCAUACAUUGCGUGUAUGGCCGUAAUUGUCAGCACGUUGUUAGCAAUAGCAGUAACAUUUGUGAUGAGAACAAUUGUCUCGCUUUACCUGUAUCAACAGAAGCUAUUGAAAAUAGUCCAUUCAAAGAUUGGCUUUGGUCUGAUACGUGGCCCGUAGCAAAAAUGCAAAAAUGCUUCGAUUUAUAACAUAGUUUAAUUUCAUUUUAUUUAUUCUUUUUUUUUUUUUUUGUGGUAGCUUUAUUACAAAGAUCUCAACUAAAUAUAUAUUUUGUUAUGCUCUUUCUAGAAUUUUAUUAGAUGUAAUUAUAGCUUAAUU